CGUGUGGUUCAUAUAUAUAUACAAACCAUAAAGUCAAUAUAUUAACAUCGCUGUAUACUCUGUACAUACCGGAUUUGUUCCUGCAUAGGGUCAUUAGACUUACACAUUAUAGCCUGUUUUAAUAGUAUAUGUAUUCUUGUUCCAACUCAGACAAAAAAAUGCCGUUCAUUGGAGAAGCCACCUUCAGGCGAGGCCACCCAAGACUACCGGGGACCCAGAAGACAUCCGGGCAUUGCACCAUACAGGACAUUGUUCCAGACUAUGUCGUACAAUGGAUCUUGUACAGGACCGACCCCUAUUCUGGAACGGCGGGUAGCACAGAAGACAUGCUGGUGGACGAGCAGAAUGACAACGAUGUGGCAGUACAAGAGUAUGAACUGCGCAGUUUUGCAAAAGAGGGUCAGAAGGCAGAUCAAUCCCAUUUUGAUCUUCUUAAAGUGCUGGGUCAGGGCUCAUUUGGGAAGGUGUUCCUUGUCAGAAAGAUAACAGACGAUGAUGCUGGCACACUGUAUGCAAUGAAAGUACUGAAGAAAGCCACAUUAAAAGUGCGAGACCGACAAAGAACAAAAAUGGAGCGUGAUAUAUUAGCAGACGUCAACCACCCGUUUAUAGUAAAACUUCACUAUGCUUUUCAAACAGAAGGAAAAUUGUACCUGAUUUUGGAAUUUCUCCGUGGAGGAGACUUGUUCACACGACUGUCAAAAGAGGUUAUGUUCACAGAAGAUGAUGUGAAAUUCUACCUGGCAGAAUUAGCGCUGGCUUUAGACCAUUUACAUCAAAUAGGAAUUGUAUACAGAGAUCUCAAACCAGAAAAUAUUCUCCUGGACUCAGAUGGUCACAUAAAACUAACAGACUUUGGCUUGAGUAAAGAGUCAAUAUUUGAAGAGAACAAAACUUUCUCGUUCUGUGGUACAGUGGAGUAUAUGGCCCCUGAAGUUGUGAACAGGAAGGGUCAUGGGACGCCUGCGGAUUGGUGGUCAUAUGGGGUUCUCAUGUUUGAAAUGUUGACUGGAGCUUUGCCUUUCCAAGGGGUCAAUCGAAAGGAAACCAUGACCCAGAUAUUAAAAGCCAAGUUAGGGAUGCCCCAAUUCCUCAGUCCAGAGGCUCAGAGUUUACUACGGGCUCUUUUCAAGCGAAAUCCCCUUAACAGGCUAGGAGCAGGUCCAGCUGGGGUGGAGGACUUGAAGAAGCACUGUUUUUUCUCAAACAUAGACUGGGAGAAACUCUUCAAACGACAGAUCUCACCUCCCUUCAAGCCAGCUGUUGUCAGAGCAGAUGAUGCUUUUUAUUUUGACCCAGAAUUUACAACAAAAACACCCAAAGAUUCACCAGGCAUUCCACCAAGUGCUACAGCUCAUGAGUUGUUCAAAGGCUUCAGCUUUGUGGCACCCGCUCUUCUAGAUGACAAGGAUACAACCCCAGACCCUCUUAGCAACAAGGUCAACUUGUCAAAGAUUCCAGGUGUGAAAACAACACCAUUCACCGAUGACUACGAAAUCAAAGAGGACAUAGGAGUGGGGUCGUAUUCUGUAUGCAGGAGAUGUGUUCAUAAAGUUUCAGGCCUGGAGUUUGCUGCUAAAAUAAUGGACAAAGACAAAAGGGACCCUCAGGAAGAAGUGGAAAUAUUGUUACGAUUUGGACAGCACAAAAACAUAAUUACAUUACGAGAUGUAUACGAUAAUGGGAACAAAGUGUACAUGGUAACAGAGUUAAUGAAAGGAGGAGAACUGUUGGACAAAAUCCUCAGGCAGAGAUUUUUCUCUGAAAGAGAAGCCAGCGCAGUGUUAAGGAUAGUGGCAGAGACGGUAGAUUACCUGCACAAAAAUGGGGUUGUACACCGAGAUUUGAAACCUUCCAACAUUUUGUAUGCAGACAACUCAGGUAGCCCAGAGAGUUUGCGGAUUUGUGAUUUUGGCUUUGCUAAGCAGCUGAGGGCAGAGAAUGGCCUGCUGAUGACUCCAUGUUACACAGCGAACUUUGUUGCCCCAGAGGUAUUAAAAAGACAAGGAUAUGACGCCGCCUGUGAUAUUUGGAGUUUAGGUGUCUUACUGUACACAAUGCUGGCUGGACACACUCCAUUUGCAAAUGGUCCCUCAGACACCCCCAAUGAUAUCUUAGCUAGGAUAGGAGAAGGAAAGUUCUCACUAGCCGGUGGAAAUUGGGAGUCUGUCUCUCCAGCUGCCAAGGACCUAGUACAGAAGAUGCUGCAUAUUGACCCCCACAAGAGGCUCUCUGGAGACCAGGUGCUACGACAUCCCUGGGUGGCUAACAGAGAGCACCUCCCCCACCAUAAACUCACGCUGCAUGAUGCUACCCUUGUUAAGGGAGCAAUGGCGGCCACAUUCAAGGCCCUGAACUCUGCCCCAAAGCCCAUGCUUGAGCCAGUGGGUGCGUCCUCGUUGGCUCAGAGGCGCGGCAAGAUCAGACCAAAGAGUUCUACAGCUGUCUGAAUCGUCUUCAUUUCCUCAUCCCACUACUGUUCAUAACGUAGUGCACAUCAUUUGCUCAGUGAAUCUCAAGCAGAGAGACUGGACAAGCACGGGCUGCUGGAGUACAGUACCUGAACUAGCCAGCAUUAUAGGCAUUAUUUUAUACCUUCAUGUAGUGACACUGACAUGCCAGAGAUCCAGUCUGCAGUGUACAGCCCUGGAGUGGCUAGGGCCUUCACACCCCUGCCAUCAUCAUUGUUCUUUGCAGUACUGUCUGUUUUGUCUGGUACAAAAACUAGACACAGGUAUUUUCUAUUAAAGUGUGGUGUCCUUUUUUUUUUGUUCCUCCAAUGAAAAGCUUAUGUGUACAUAGUACAUUUGGUGUAUAUACCAAUAUACAGGUGUAUAAAUAUAUUUGUUGUACAAAUCAAAUACAUGUAUGUAUGAGGGGAUUUGGGAUAUUGGAUUUGGAAUGUAUGGCUGGAGGGGUGGGGGAAGGGAAGGGUGUGUUAAUGAUCUUUCAGUGUCGCUUUUAAAAGAGGACAUGAAUUUUUGAAAAAAAAUGGGAAGCUUCCACGAGUACAUAAGUUAGGGAUGUGUGUCAGGUGGAAGGUGAAGAUGUGAUGUAGACUUAGGAUUGAAAGAGGUGUAUGGUAGCAUUAAGCCUCUGUAGGUAAAGAUGUAGAGAAGUAGCUGUAUGUGUGUAAUCAUUGAAGUGAUCCCUAUUUAACUGUUGUAUAUCACGGGCUGAUGUGUAUCAGUGCCCUCUAUGCAUCACUAACAUGUACAUACAUUUCUUAUGUCAUGUACUCUUGAAAUGCGGAACAAGCCAGUGCUUUUGUCUCUCUGAUGCCUGGUAGCAUAUAGGGCUGAAGAGGGAACAAUCAGAAAAAUUAUGACCAGAACCAGGAAAACUUUUAUUUUUGGUCUUCCUUUUAUUGUUUUUGUUACAGAUCAUUUACUUCAUUGUUAGAUUCUAAUAACACCUUGUUUUUUUUAAGCUCUUCUUUUUGUAUGCCACAAACAAGCCUGAAACCGGCAAAAGGUUCCAGUAGGUCAUGUUUAAUUGAUAUUAGUGUCUUGUUUCAAAUUUAGUUUUUGGUGUAACUGUAUGCAGUGGAAAUGCUGAAAGGUUCUAGUGCUACAAUACCAUGGGUGUCUACUAACUGCUGAGCUGAUCCUCUAUUUAAGUCUUCAGUUAUUUCAUGCUGUAGAAUAACAAAGGUAAUGGUUAGUACUGGCCUUGAUUAUAGAUGAAGUGACCUGGUGCUAUACAGAACUUUUAUUAUCUGUGUGAUUUUUUAAAAUUUUUUUAUGUGACUGUGUUACAGGCUGUCUUCUUGGCUAAAUUUUCAGCCAUCAAAAGCUAUGGUUAUAUUGCUUCACCUUAAUCCCAGUCGUACAUGUAUCCUCAAUUACUGAAUAAUCAUCUCCUCUCUGUCCUACAUGUUGAAUCUUGACUCUCAAAACUGGUCUUGCAGCUGCCAUGUCCAAAGAAAUCCUGCAUUUUGCCAAAUCAGGAUAUCAUCUUAGGUUCUUCUUUAUUUUUGUUUAUCUUUGUGAGUACAGUGUACUUCUCCAAGCUUCACCUAGGAAAUUGUUAACAACAAAAAAUAUUUUUAAUUGAUAGUAAAUGUAAUUGAAGUCAUUAAAUGUAACCCAGUCCAGUGAGAAGAACUGGCUGUUGUGUGGCUAAUGAACAUGCAGGUAACCGAGGCUUCUGGGUUAGUGUUACUUGUAGCCUGGAUAUAAUUAUGAACAUUUUAACCUCUGAGAAGUUCCUGUCAACUAAAAAGGUGUAUAAAUUGUGGCAUAAUUUGAGGUAUUCUGGCUCUGAUCUGCCUUUUACCCAACUUUUUCUACAAGUAAUCAGAUUUUUGACCACACCAUAGGAACAUUGCUUUAUAUCCGAGGAUGCAUUUGAAUUGGAAAUACUGUGUAAAUAUGGUCACAGUGGUGACCAAUCCUGAUAUCAUAUGUAGUACCGCACAACAGUCUGAAUCAUUUAGGGGAUAGUUUUUCAGAUUUUUUAAAAAUUAUUAACUCUGUAGGCAGAGAGUGUGUUGUAAAUGUGCUAACAAAUGUAUUGAUAUCCUUUUAAUUUUGUAUGGGUACAGUCAUUGUUUAAAUUGCAACUAAAUUUACACAGUAAUUUGUGAUAAUUGUUGUCAAGUGCAUUUUUGUGUUUUGUCUUUUUAGUUAAGGUUUAUGGAUGCUGCAUGGGUUGACCGUCUGAAGUGAAGGUUUUCCUUUCCGAGUUAAUGGAAUCCUUCCUUGUAUUGUUCCAUUAGUAAUACUGUGUGAGAUGAAUAGUAACCAUCAAGUUAUGCGGAUUUUUCAUAGUUCAAAAGAAGUGGCUUGUAGGUGUCCCGUCAGUCCCUCGUCGCGUGGGCAAUGCUCUGAAGGUGUUGUAAAGCGUUUUUUCAUCACACAUCUUGGGGAUGACUUGCCUUGCGUCAUUUGAAACCAGAGCACUUGUAUUGUAUUCCAAGAUCAUUAUACUUAAGUAAGUUGCGUUAAGUCCGGUGAAACAUCAGACUCCAUGUUCACAAGUCUGACAACGAUAGAACUUUUGAGCAAUUGCCCUUGAGCCAACUACAUCCUUGAGAUUGCAAUAAUAUGAAAUUUGAUGCUGCAUGUAUAGUUCUGAUGUGUAGAAUAGCACUGCUGAAUAAGCGACCUCCACUGCUUAAUACUGGCCUGAUAUAUCUUGGAAAUAUACCUAUCAAUAAUAAGAGUGUCUGCGUGUAGCAGUAUAUUGAAAUGGCGAAGCAGACUUCAUCUUUUGAGUGUUAAGCCAGGCACUUUAAAGCAAGGCUGUGUAUCUUUGUAGUCUAAGAAGUUACCGGCAGUUUUACACAACAAAUGGCCAAUGGCUCCUAUGUCGACUUGUUUUUAUUUGAGAUAAGUUGUUCGAAAGUGGCUAAUACUGGUAUUUAGAGUUUAGCCAAAUUCAGCAGCCAGAUGAUGCAGUUGUCCAAAGAAUGGAAGAGCAGAAGAUUGCUUCAUAUUGCUACCUAAUUAUUUUUGGGAUGAGUAAAACAGGUUUGAACAACGGGGCCCAAGUGUAUAUUGCACUGAACCCUUAAGAUGGAACGGUUACAGGGCGUGAAAUUCAUGCCAGGCGAAAACCACGCUUGAUUUGCAAGUUAUUAGACUCUUGUUAGGUACAUGUAUCCGUCUUACCAUUUUGAAGAAAAUAAACCGUGCAAUGCAAAAUUUUGCAUUACAUCAACUGUAUCCCGGUUAAAACGUUAGAUUGGCUCGCAAUAUUUACAUGGUCGUUAUUUGUUACUGUAUUUCUGUCUAUCCCAAGCGUAAUGCAAAACUGAUCCAAAGGCAUGUACAAAUGAUUAGAUAUCUAGCUGGUCUAUUGUGCUUUCAUAUUUGUGUCGUCGUAUCUGUAUUUCACGAUUGCGCGUUUACUGGGCCGCAAGUGACAUAAUAUUAGUGCUGCUGAACAACUCUGGACCUAGAUCUGAGCUUGUUGCGCGAGGCCCUAGACCAUUACUAAAGGCAUUUCAUGGCCUACAUGUAGGUGGUUAUAGGAGCACGCAACAUCACUAGUGCUUCGUCAAACGGACCUCUGAUGUACAUCAGUCAAAUCCAAACUGUCUGUCUGUAAAAUAUCCAUUUGUUUUGGUUAUAGCAUUUGUGUUGAUAGACUGAAGAAAUGUAUUACUCGUUUUGUAUAUGUCGUUCCAACAUGUGUACAUAAAGUGUGUUGACACCGGUUUGGAAGGCCUAAUAGUGGGGGGAAAGUGCAAGAAUAUUGUAGAUCAAUCAGUGAAAUCGUUGUGCGCAAGCGCAAGUUCAAUAGCUAAGCAAACCACACCCCAGAUUUACAUCUAUUAAAACUAGUUUACCGAUGGCCAAAUCAAUAUGCGUGAUAAUCACGUUGUUCGGACACGCUUUUGUUCUCAGGUAGACGAGAUCGACAUUUCAAUUCGGCAUACAAAAUGAUCCCCAAGAUGUGCAGUUUUCUCAAUACUUAUGUGCUUUCUACGAAGUCGCAAACUGCGCCUGCCGAAAUGUCCAUGACAACAUUCAGCAAAGAGAUACGUCACCAUUGUAAAUGCGCUUGACGCAGCUUUGUAGAACGGGGCGCCGAAGGAUAAUGGUACUGGGGCAAUGUUCCCCGGAAAGCUGUAGUUUUUUGUUUAUCUUUUACUAUGGUGGCUCUAACAGUUAUAAAUCCUGUUGAUGCCCUUUAUAAGAUGAGAAAACCUUGACCAAAAUCAAAAUUUCGAAUGACAGAAAGCUUCUUGCGUGAAGGGUCAAAUUUUGGUCUUGCAGACACUUACACUGCGAGAUGUGGUGCUUGCCGCAGGUACACAACGUCAGGCAGCCCUCAAGUUAGGGGACACAUAAUUGUUUUUCACCGAACAUCUGGACGAUAAUUCUUGAGUGUAGUCUGUUAAUGAUCAUUUUGCCCACUGUAUAGAAUCUUGUCUUGAAUUGCAAAUGUCUUGUCAUGUCUAGCAAAUGAUAAGGAAAUACCACAAAUGUUUGUUUUUACCAAAUUUUGUUGUUAGUGCGGCCACAAUCAAAGAAUUGACAGGUGUUUUACACUUGUAUGGCUUUACAUGUGUCUGGUUGUUGUUGGAAAUGUCAGUCUUUUGAAAAAUGUUACGUAACAAAGGUGCUUUUUUCCCGUUCAGUUUAUGUGCACUGCUGGAGGGUAUUGGUUUUAUACACGGUCAGUCGUGGAUAUGGUCCAAGACAAGACGGCCGAACACAACCAAGUGCUUUCUUGUGAACGAUUGCUCUUUUUCAAGUUUGUUCUUAGUUUUGUGACAUUGGCAUUUUCGUUUUCUAAUGCAAAUAUUUUAUAGAAACGUUUGCAGGCAGGUUUUGCUAUUUCCCUUAUAUGGUCUGUUUUCUUGUCCGAAUUACUUCAGGUAAAGUAUUUUACUGCUUAUGUUUUCUUGUCUCUUGAUCGGACGUAGAAGACAUGGAAAUGUUUAUUUCGUGUGUAAAUACACCCAUUGUUUGAUCGUCUCCGCAGGGACCUCCCAGAACAGUUAGCCCCUGUCGUCUUUAGAAUUUGUCACUAUGGUUGACGCAUACAUUGUAGUUCAUACAUUAUUCCAUAUUGUAUAGGGCGGGCUCUCUGCAACAGAGGGCGCUAGAGCCUUCCAUAUAUAGUUGUUCAUAUUCCGUGUAGAAGUAAACCUUUAACAAUCUAAUCAAUAAAGUUAUAUUUUCAGAAAA